CGGAACUAAUGUUAUGCGUCACUGUGUUUCCGGGAGCAGCUGAGGAGGUGACACACUGAUGGCCGUUCAAUAACAAUUCACAUGCUGUUUGGUGACAAUCAUGGACGCCCUCGAGGACACCUUCAGGAGUCUCUCCAUCGCCAGGAGAUUGGAGCCCACUGAGGCCACGUACAUUCUAGACCUCUCUCUUGCAUCCAGUGGGUCAGAUUUGCUGGCUGUGUGCUGCUCCAGUUACUCUGUGCACCUGCACAGCAGAGAAACGCUCCGCCUGAUGGGAGAGUUCCUGGGUCACACGGCUCCUCUGUGUGGGGUCCGUUUCUCUCAUCUGUCCCCUCACCUGCUGUUCACCGGCUCCGCCGAUGGGACAGUGCGGUGCUGGGACGUCCGGCAGCCUGGUUCUAAUGCCACCCAGGUGUUUCGCAGUGAUUCGACACAUUCGUACUGCUCAUUUGACGUGAGCUGUAGUGACCGUGUGCUGUGCGCAGGCACAGAGCAGAUAGAGGAGGAGAGUUUUUUAGUAUUUUGGGAUGCCCGUAUGGUUCAGGAUGGAGGUGAGUCAGGCUCUAAGAUGGGCGGUCUGCUGGGAGUUUACUCAGAAUCGCACAGUGAUGACAUCACUGCGGUUAAGUUCCACCCACAGCAAGCGGAGCGUUUGGCUUCAGGGGCCACAGAUGGACUUGUGAACGUGUUUGAUCUGAGUCUGGGUGGAGAGGAUGACGCUCUUGUCACCACCUGUAACUGUGAAUCCACUGUAAGCUCCCUCUGCUGGACAGGCAAAUAUCUUGACCAGCUGCUUUGUCUGACUCAUGAUGAAGGGCUACACCUGUGGGAUGUGGCUCGCCCAGACAGCGAUGACACUUUGACCCUUGUGAGUUCGGCUGAUGCCCGAACACUUGUCCAGCUCCCUGAUGGAGCCUCACUUGAGUACUUUGUGGGCGGUUCAUGGCUUUCAGAUGAGGAGCGUCUUCUUUUAGUCGGAGGGAGUAAUAAUGGAAAGCUUCACCUCCUGGACUGCAGUAGGAGUGGUCUGAAAUUCAUUAAAUCCCUUAAAGGGGGUCAUUCAGCUACAGUGAGAUGCUUCCAGUGGGAUGCGGUCGCACGAUGUCUGUUGACGGGCGGAGAGGAUGGCCAGUUGUUGCAGUGGAAGGUGGGAGCAGAGGAAAUCAUAGUGGGGAAGAAAGAUUCUCUGAAAAGCAUCUCCUCCAUGCAGCUCAAAACUAAAGCUCACAGAAAACAAGCUACAAAGAAAGACCGGUCAAAACUUGCAUGAUCACACAGUAUAGGAGGAGGAGGGGCUUUUAAAGUAUGGAGAACUUUAAGAACUUUUUAUAGUUAAUAUACAGUUUUAACAGUGUUUUGUGGUUUUAAAAUGCAAGUUGUGGUUUCACUUUAUUUUGAUGGUCCUUUUAACACAUUCUGUUGACCAUAGGUUAGGGUUAGAAUACACUUAGUUGCAAAGUUACUUAUAGUCAGUAGAAUGUUCAAAAGGGACCAUCAGAAUGAAGUGUUACCAAGUUAACAACAAAUCGCUACACAAGAAUUACAAUGUUGUCUAUUUGUCCAGCAAAAACUCUUAUGAAAACUGUGAAGGACAUCACUUUUCUUAUGUUUUGUUAGCAGCAUUUCAGAAUUAAUUUGUGAGGUAGAGCACAUGAUGUGAAAAAGCUAAAAUUGUCUCCAAAAUUUUCUUACUGACCAUAAACUGAACACCUGUAUUGUAUUACGUGUUUAUACCAUCUCGUUUUUCUUUCCAAAAUGUGUUCAUUUCAAAACCAACUCUCUCCGACAUACUCAUUACACAAAUUGUGAAUCAAAAUCUGAGAACAAUUUAAAUUAGUGAAUGGGGAUUCAUAUUAUAUAGACUUUUUUUUUUCUUCAAUACCUUGAAUGAACAUUUUUUUGUUAGACCAUUUUGCAAGAUGUAAACAACAC